GUCCUUUUGCAGUAUUGUUAGUGGAGCUGCAGUUUUGCACUUCCUCGGAAGACUCUUUGAAGAUGGCACAGGUGGUGUUUGCACUCUUAGCUUUGUUCCUGGUGUCACUCUGUACCGGACAGGACUUUUGCCCAAAGGAAAAAUGUCCUCAGUACAAAGUUGUUGAGACGCACCAGGACUUUGAGGUGCGCUUAUACGGUGCCACCAACUGGAUUACCACAAAGCUCGACAGCACUGGGGCCAGGGAUUAUUUAGCUGCAAAUUCACGCCUGAAGAACUACGUCAAGAGACAGGCUGAAGCAGGUUUUGAGAUUUCUGAUGAUUGCUGGCCUGUACUGGUCACUGUUACAGAAGGUGAAGGGGAUCCUAAAAUGUCGGUGUCGUGGUUUGUUCCUUCUGGUGGCAAAAAGGCUGAAAUCUCUGAUCCAUUAGUCAAAUUAGAAAGUAAACCUGAAGCCACCAUCUAUGUAAGGGUUUUCGGUGGUGCUCCAAGCACUGCAACUGGCCAGGAAAACACAAAGAUUCUUCGUGAGGCCUUGGCUAGUACUGGGAAAACCUUUGAUCCCAACACUCAUGCUGCAGCUACCUAUGAAUCAUAUUUUUCUUUUACUCACCACAAUGAAAUCUGGAUCAGUGCUGCCUCACAACAACAGAACUAAGUAAAUGUUCUUGUCAGGUUGCAGACCUUUUGCAUUGUUUGCAGAGUCAGAUUUUAAUCUGUGCUGCUCGAAUGAACAGAUAUAAUGCAUGCACAAAGAAACAGGGAAGAGAUGCUACUUCAACAGAACAAAGCAAACUGGUUUCUGGAAUGUUGUGGUUUAGUUUAGUUCCUGGAACUAAAAGCAUAUUAACAGUUUGUUCUACUUUUUCUUUAUUCUCUUUCAUCCAUGAAUACAAAGUAAUGAAUUCAGAUCAUCCCUUAAGCCCAGGAGGACUUCCAUUACAAAAACAAUUUACUUGUUUGCUGGGUGAUUGUUUAGAACACUUUGAUAACUUUGAGAUUCUAACAUGACAUUCUAUGUCUGCUUCUGAUAUAUGUUGAAGAUUUUAUUUUUAACCCACUUCUUAAAAUUAAAAAAUUGUACUGUCCUUAAGAGAUA